CUGAAAAGUAUGGGAGGCACAAUACCGCCUGCUCCAGCCAAUACCUCCACAGAGGAGACAAGUAAGGGCAAAGCAGAGGAACAGCCAGAGGAGCCAGUUAAAUCACCUGAACCAGAAAGUGAAGAGAGUGACUUAGAAAUUGACAAUGAGGGAGUGAUUGAACCAGACAAUGAUGACCCUCAAGAAAUGGGGGAUGAAAAUGUGGAGGUAACUGAAGAGAUGAUGGAUCAAGCUAAUGAGAAGAAGAUUGAAGCAAUAAAUGCUCUAAGUGAAGGUGAACUUCAGAAGGCUGUCGACUUGUUCACAGAUGCUAUCAAGCUGAAUCCUUGUUUGGCCAUCUUGUAUGCCAAGAGGGCAAGUGUUUUUGUGAAACUACAGAAGCCAAAUGCUGCCAUUAGAGAUUGUGACAGAGCCAUCAAGAUUAAUCCUGACUCGGCACAGACCUAUAAAUGGAGGGGGAAAGCACAUAGACUUCUGGGUCACUGGGAGGAGGCUGCUCAUGAUCUUGCAUUAGCUUGUAAACUGGAUUAUGAUGAAGAUGCUAGCGCCAUGCUGAAGGAGGUGCAACCAAGAGCUCAGAAGAUUGCAGAGCACCGCCGAAAAUAUGAGCGGAAGCGUGAAGAAAAGGAAAUCAAGGAAAGAAUGGAAAGAGUGAAGAAGGCACGGGAGGAGCAUGAGAGAGCGCAAAGGGAGGAAGAAGCAAGACGACAGGCAGGAGGAGCGCAGUUUGGUGGUUUCCCAGGUGGCUUCCCAGGUGGAUUUCCUGGGGCUAUGCCUGGAGGUAUGCCAGGAAUGGCAGGUAUGCCAGGUCUCAAUGAGAUUCUCAGUGAUCCAGAAGUCCUUGCAGCCAUGCAGGAUCCAGAAGUUAUGGUUGCGUUCCAAGAUGUUGCUCAGAACCCAGCAAAUAUGUCCAAGUACCAGAACAAUCCCAAGGUCAUGAAUCUCAUCAGUAAAUUGUCUGCCAAAUUUGGCAGUAAACCAUAAAAUCCUUGGUUCUUAAAAAUCAUAUCUGAAUGGGAAGGAUUGGAUUUGGCUAACCAGUGUUGCAAUAAAACAAACCAUUGUACCUCUGAUCCUCUUAAGAAGAGAAAUGGGGUGUUGUAAGGAGAGCUGCUCUCUAGCCCCAAGUGUUGACUUUAUUCAAUGAUUGGUUUAUAGCACUCAAAUUAUAUUCAGAUGACCUAGUUUCAACCAUCCCUCCUAGUCCAAGAGUUGCAACCUUUUUAUAAGUGUUGCAGGCGGUUUCCUUUGAAUGAACACUCUGGUAAGAAAUUAUAAUAUUCCAGGAGUGUAAGAUAAAAACCUGCUGUUGUGUUGUUUUGAUAUUUUUUUUAAUUACUCAGUGAGCAAAGAGGAAGGAACUUUAACAGUUUAAUCCCCUUAGGACAGAGAAGUUGGCCUAGUCACAAAUAGCAAAGAUGGGACAAGUCUGAAGAAUUAACUGGAUAAAGCAAUUGUCUGCAAAUACCAGUCUUUUUUUUUUUUUUAUGGGUGACUGACUUUAUGUAGCUAUUAAAACUAUCAGUAUAACCAUGCUAGCUAGUUACACACUGGAACUUCUGGCAGUACUGCAAAUAAUGUAAUGUUUUGAUCACCACAAUUGUGCAGCAAAGGUAUGGUCCUAUCCUUUGCACAACCUGGCAUGAAGUACGUAUUGCAGAGGCCACAGAGGUUUUGUUACUUGCUCAAUUCUUGUCCAGCACCUUUACGUAACAUUUUGUUUAUCAGUCUGGGUAUGGGAAAGCAGCUUACUGUCUGUGCUUGUGCUCCUGUCCUUUCCCAGUUGGCAGGUCCUCCACUGGUUGCACUCGCCCUUCCUUGGGGCCGUGCUUACCAGGUUUCAUUUAUUUGGAAUCUUUAGGGAAGGAAUCUUGUUCCCAUCACUACCUCUGUCCCACUGAAUGCAAGCCAUCCAGAACAUGUAAAUGCAGAGUUAUAAAUCAGUGAAGGGGAAAAUACCCAAUGAAAUUGCAGCUCUGGGUUCUGUGUCGGUUUGAGUCCUUACAUGCUUACUGAUUAAAAUUUCUUGGCCAAAGUCCUGCUGUCGCUUUAGAGGUGAUGAUUCUUCCUUCACCACAUACUGUAGUCUUCCAUCUUUUCUUGUAUCCUUUUCUUCAAAAAAAAAAAUCACAACAAAAAACCAC